AUGUCCUACCAGGAUGAGGACGACGAGGCGGCGGCAAUUCAGCCACGGGUUCGCUACGAAGGCGAAGACACCAGUCCAACGACGGCCCGCGAGCUGAACGGCUGGUAUGCUUAUCCCAUUGCGGCAGAGGUAUUCGCCGUAGUCGCCGUUGGCGCCUUUCUCCCUGUCGUUCUUGAGCAGCUGGCUCGUGAAAACGGACACUUCUUCUCCGACAGGAGCAAACCGUGCGUCGAGCAUGCCGGAACUGUGCGGAUCCGUGCCGAUAAUGGUACUGCUGCAGAUGGCCAGAAAGAGCAGUGCAUGAUCAGAUUGAUGGGGAAGGACCUGUCGACGAGUAGCUUCUCGCUGUACACUUUCUCGGCUGCUGUGUUUGUGCAGGCUAUUGUUCUGGUGCUGUUCAGCUCGUUUGCCGACCAUGGCCCGUAUCGAAAGAAGAUGCUCACAGUCUGCGCCUAUACCGGCUCCGUCGUCAGCAUGCUCUUCAUCUUCGUUUCGCCGACGAUAUACUACCUUGCUCCUAUUCUUGUCAUUCUGGGUGUUACCAGUCUAGGCUUCUCCUUUGUUUUGCUGAACGCUUUCCUGCCGUUGCUGGUUGCCAACCAUCCUUCCGAGUCGCAUCUCAAGUCCUUCAACUCGGAGUCAUCCACCUCCCUGGAUCAGGAACUAGAGAGCUUCAAUCCCAACGGUGAUAGUGGAAUGCGCCGUCGUGCCAGCCCAGAUAAACUGACCAAGGACCUAAAACGCUCGGCAGUGAUAUCCAGCAAAGGUGUUGGCUACGGGUACAUCGCCGCGGUGUUUGUUCAAGUCAUCGCCAUCCUGAUUCUCUUCUUGUUCAGCAAAACCGCCUUUGGCAAAGCCCACCCCAGCUUCUCCAUGCGCGUCAUCCUCUUCGUCGUUGGGCUGUGGUGGGCCAUCUUCACAAUCCCGACAUUACUUUGGCUGCGACCACGCCCCGGCUCGCCUCUGCCCACAAAGCAAGAACGCUCCUUCGGCAAGCAACCGUCCAGGAUCCAGCGAUUCCUCUACUACCUUUCCUUCUCGCUCCGCUCCUUCUGGACGACUCUCCGCCGCGCAAUCCGCCUCCGCCAGACGUUUUUGUUCCUGGUCAGCUGGUUUCUGCUCUCCGACGCCGUUGCCACAAUCUCCGGCACCGCCGUGCUCUUUGCUCGCACAGAGCUCCAGAUGAGCACCAUCGCCAUUGCACUGCUGUCGAUAACGUCCAUCGGCUCCGGCAUCAUCGGCGCGUUCGCGUGGCCGCGCAUUGCGGCCAGAUACGCACUGCAGUCCAAGACAGUCCUGCUGUUGUGCGUCGCAGGCAUGGAAAUCAUUCCCCUGUACGGCCUCUUAGGAUACAUUCCGCUCUUCAGGAAACUCGGCUUCAUCGGCUUGCAGCAGGCGUGGGAAAUCUACCCCGUUGCCGUCCUGCACGGCAUCGUCAUGGGGGGCAUCAGCUCGUACGCGCGCUCCGUGUACGCGCCGCUUAUCCCCGAGGGUAGCGAGGCCGCCUUCUUCGCCCUGUACGCCGUCACGGAUAAGGGCAGUAGUGCGUUUGGCCCUGCGCUCGUGGCCUGGAUCGUCGACCAUGCGGGGAGCAUCCGGCCCGCGUUCAUCUUCUUGGCGGUCCUGGUCGUCCUGCCUGCGCCCUUGCUGUGGAAGCUGGAUGUCGAGAAGGGAAGGGAGGAUGCGAGGGCUAUGGCGGACAAUGAGAUUGGACCCGGGAGAGGGAGUUAUGAGAGGGUGGGUGGGGAUUGA